UGGAGGAAAUCGACUCCCUCCCAUCGCACCGCAGUUCCCCACUAUUGGUAAACUCGAACACACCACCAUCAAUGUAGCAUAACAGCUGUCGACGCUUCUCUAAUACACACUUCCCGACUGUAUUAGGUACUUUCCUUGUGGCGGAGGCAACAUGUGAGGCUCGGAUAUAUGUUCAUUUGCCAAAAUAUGUUUGCGACCUGGCUUCUUCAACUGAACAGUUUUCUCUAUACUAUCAACUACCACUCAUCCUUGGGCUCCCACCCUGCGACUUUGAUGUAACUGGUCCUCAUUCUACUACCAUGAACCAACCCUUACCCUUCCAAUGCUGCGAUUCUUACUCGGAAGGUCACGCACAGUUCGUGUACCUCGAGAAAAUGGUUCCUUCACACUACAAAAAGUCUCCAUAACCCAGACCUCAAAAUUCCCCACCGCCCGCUUUGUGACAGGUAUCUUCGUUGGAAUUGCCUUGCUUCACACAAUCAGGACCAUUCUACCCUCACCCGCCUCGAACCGCGACCUUGAGAAAAUAAAGAAACAACUUGAAGAUGCUAGGAGACAAUCAGAUAAUCUCCAACCCUCAGAUCGCCCCAAGCAAAUUCGUGAAAACCCACAACAACCUGGACAAACCCCACGGCCAAAUGAAGUCACCGAGGACGAUCUGGGCGACUGCGUACAUUUGAUGCUCCCAAUAUGGGUCCGUCGAAGGCCACAGCAGCUCUAUUUAGAAAGCGAUCCCGAGUGGAAGGCGUAUGUGAGGUUUGCCAAAGACAAGAACAAGGUUCAAACUGUGAAAAUGAAGAUCGCACAGCUCGUUCAGCGCGAAGCAUUCCAGAAACACUCCCCGUUGAUAAAACUUCUCGAGGUGAAGGCCAUGAAUAUCCUUAUUGACUUUCUUUAUCCAAUUGGCCCACCCGCCAGUUACGAAGUCCCAUGUCUUUACCUACCUCGCGAUGCCCCCCAAAAUGCCGCAUAUGGCUGGCGUCAACUUCCCGAAACUGUGGGCAGCCGCAUGGACCGUGUCUUUCAUCCAGUAAUUAUGUCCAAAGCAUUUUAUGCUGGUUGUCAGGAAUUUGCACGUGUUACAUAUCUUCUUUGCCGAGCACGUAUCCUGGAUCAGAUCGCCGAGUACCGAGCUCGAUCCUCGGGAAGUGGAAACAAUAACCAAGACACCACUUCGGCAGCAAAUCAAAGCAGGCAUACCGAAGAGAUGAAGGCGAUCGAGAGUCUCCAAUGCACCAAGAUUCCGGAUGCCAGAAUGAAAGAGAUCUUACCCUUUCUCCGAGGCGAAUUCGGUGAAAAUGAAUCUCGCCAAAAGUUUCGAGAUGUGGUGAAGACUAUGACGUUCAAGUCAGCCAUCGAAUCCGCGACUGCAGUUUUUCGAACACAUUGGAGCCUGGGCCAGAUGAGAGCCCUACAGAGAGCAAGUCGCGACACUAUCAACAUCCGUGGGAGGAUUGAUUUUGAGGGCCAAAAGGGUAAGCUUCGCUGCAUCGUAGCAGCAUGUUACGAUAUUGAGGCAGAUGCGUUAAUCGGGAGGCCAGUGCUGGAGAAGGUAUACCUGGUGCCAGACGCAGAGCGCUGGUCACUUGUUACAAAAGACGACAAGCCUAGGAAGACAGUACCAGUCAAGCCUACACAGCCAAGAUCGCCGACACCUAAUACAUCACCAUCACCAUCGCCUCCUCAAGCUGAAGGCCAGGCAAGGAAGCAGCCGCCCAGUAUCUCCACCGAGAACGAGCGUGAGGAAUGAAUGAAUGAAUGGGAUGGUGACAGGUCUAAAUGUAUUGCAUAGCAGGGAGUUGGUUUGACGGAGAUGCAGAAUCACAUGAGCGAUUGUAGGCGUGAGGGAUAUUUUUGGCAGAGCGACAGAUUAUCUUUACCAAUGUGCUCCGAAGGACUAGUGACCACUUAUGGCAGCCGUCACAAUCAGACUUUUUUUUACAUGGCGUUCUACGCAUCCAGGCUCUUAACGGCAGCCUCGUACACCUUUUUGACCUCAUCCUGAG